AUGGCAUUUGCCGCCUCUGCCUGUACGCGCGCGCCAUCGCGUAGCAGGACCGCCUUUACACGGCUCUGCUUGACUGCUCUGUGGUGCGUGCUGUGCAUGGGAAUGCGAAGAGAGACGAUGGCCGUUGCACAGGGCUCGGCCUCCGCCGAGACCGGCACCUGCAGUUAUACCAUCUGGACAACCACGCCACCACCGCUGGAGAGCGCACCUGUAGUCUACCCACCCGGCGCCUUGGCGUACCAGCCGCAGAACCACACGAUCCCAUCAGAGAGCUUCUUCAGGUCCUACUGGUACGUUGCAAUUACUCUCAUCUUGUGUGUCGUGUGUGGCUUCUACAUCUUACUGGCGGCGUUGAUCAUCUACCACUUCAGCUUCUACGCGCAGCAACAGGCGCAGAAGGUGGUGAUGAUGGCAUACCAGACGGAAGGCUACUUCCACCUCGACGGCAAGGAAAUCCAUGGUGGGCGGACGCAGACGAGGGUGCGUGCUGGGGCGCGCACGCCAAGCUCAUGCAGUAGCUCGCUUAGCCGUCGGCCAUCCGACUCGUACGACCAUGGCAACUCACCACACGAUGACCGCUACGGUAGCGUGAGCCCGUCGUCCUCGUUCGAGGCGGACGACACUGUCAUUCAGAUGAACCCUCUGCAACGCUAA